CACUGCCCAGACGCCACCUGCUCUCAGUGAAGCUCGGGAGACUAAAGUGGAAGACAGGGGCAGAGUGAAUAUAAAAAGGAGCCACCCUGGAAAAUUAGGUGGGUUCCCCCUUCCCUCCUUCUCUGUUAAACUAUUCAGCUAAAAGCCUCUGGGACACUGGGGCUGCAUCCACAUCAGCCAAAGCACUUUGCUGAGGGAAAAGCAGAGGGGCUCCUGGUGUGCUGAGAAUGGCAGCAGGACUUCCCUAACAGGGCACAGCUAACUGGGAGAGGAAAUAAAGACCAGGAAACAGCAGAGGCUUCUCAGCACUGUUUAAUGUCUUGACAGCAACAUGAGUCUCAAAGGAUCUACCAGCAGCCAGCCUGGCUCUGCAAACAGCAGCUUGGGCAAAGCAGAUGGUGCUUCGAGAAUGAGUGCAAAAGAUUUAUACGAACAAAGGAAGAAAUACUCCAACUCCAAUGUAAUUAUGCACGAGACAUCGCAGUACCAUGUACAGAAUUUGAACGACGCAGCUCCAGCUCCCAGGAGCAUGAAGAGUCCCGAGCGAUCUUAGCACAGAAGAUUGAAAAAGAAACGCAAACCCUGAACUGCACCCUGGAUGACAUUGAGGUGUUUGUCGCCCGGCUUCAGAAAGCGGCAGAGGCAUUCAAACAGCUGAACCAACGGAAGAAAGGGAAGAAGAGCAAGAAGAAAGCGCCAGCAGAGGGGGUACUGACUCUUAGAGCAAGGCCUCCAACGGAGGCUGAGUUCAUCGACUGCUUCCAGAAAACCAAGCUGGCUCUCAACCUCCUGGCCAAAUUGAGAAAGCAUAUCCAGAACCCAAGUGCUUCAGAACUAGUGCAUUUCCUGUUUGGGCCACUGGAACUGAUCAUCCAUAGCUGUGGAGGCCCUGAACUCGCAAGGUCUGUCGUCAGCCCGCUUCUCUCUAAAGACACCACAGAUUUCCUGAGAGGACACCUGACACCGAAAGAGAUGACGCUCUGGGAGUCCAUUGGAGAGACAUGGACCAGAUCCAGAGCGGAAUGGCCUAGAGAGUCUGCUGUCCCAACCUACAUCCCAAAGUUCCGCAAUGGAUGGGAGCCACCCCUGGAAAUCUUCCGCGGAGCCCCAUGGGAAAUAGACAUUGGACAUUUACAAGAAGAGCUGUCAUCAGCCAAUGGAUAUCCCUAUCGUAACUCAUCGAUAAAACGUGGACAGACACCUGAUCAAACACAAGCAGUUACUCAACAUGUAAAUAGGAAUUUCGAGGCACAGGGGCUGGCCCAGCCGAAGAAAUAUGCCAAAAUCCGCUAUGAUUUCACUGCUCGAAAUGCCAAUGAACUCUCAGUGCUGAAGGAUGAAGUCCUGGAGGUGUUGGAAGAUAAUAAGCAGUGGUGGAAACUGCUAAACCGGAGCGGGCAGGCUGGUUAUGUCCCCUAUAACAUCCUGGAUGUGGUGAAACUGGAAGAUUAUGAACAGCUCUAUAGUCAGAAGUACAAAGGAGACUUGAGUCCGAGAGGAAUUGGUCCUGCCAGCCCUACUCACAGGAUUCCUGGUAGCUACGCUGGUGAUAAAUGGGGAAGUGAAAUGUUAGCCGGCAACUCUCCUCACAAUGCCAAAGAACAACUUAUCCAUCAUAUGGAUGAGGUGAAUGAUGAGCUGCUGAAGAAGAUCACAACUAGUAAAGUUCAGCCCCCCCACAGAAACUUUAAGGUGGAGAAGCCUCAGCAAGUUGCCGUGCCCCUGACGUUUGAGUCAAGCGCUGAAGAGGUCAAAGCGUGGCUGGAAGCAAAUUCCUUCAGCAAAGGGACCGUGGAGCAUCUUGGCAUACUUACGGGGGCCCAGCUUUUCUCUCUGAAUAAGGAGGAAUUGAAGAAAGUGUGUCACGAAGGAGCCAGGGUAUACAGUAAAAUUACAGUGCAAAAAUCUCUCCUGGAGAAAUGCGGAGGGGAUUCAGAGCUUCAAGAAAUUAUGAGACGUCGCCAAGAGAGGAGUGAUUCUGCUCUUUAAAGUUCUUUCUGCUUUUUUCAACUAUUAGUCAUAGUAGUGCAGAAAAAGGGAAUAACAAGCACCGAUCCCCGAUCAAAAUGAAAGAGACUACAGAGACCAUCACCUACCAGUAUAAUUGCCAGGAAACUGACAAUUCCUGGAACACUGUUGAUAAGGAGGAUACUCAUUCACCAAUAUGCUAUCAUGCUGGGAGAGAAGUUUUAGUAUUGCAUGAAAUAUUAUUUUUAUAUCUAUAUAUUUUAUACAGAAAUUUUAUGUGUAUGCAGUCCAGAGCAUGAGCAGGAUCUGAAUUCAUGGGAUUCUAAAUGUAGGAGGCAAGGCUGGAUUCAAGUUAAAAAAACCAAAAACAAAACACACACACACACACACACACAGAACCUCAUAAUAUACUGCUAUAUGGCUCUCCAUUGAUUUGAUAAAGCUCUAAAAAGAAGGCUAGAAAUAAUUCUCCCAACAAAGGACUGCUUGAAUGCUUAGAGUUUCUGUACCAUAAAGACUAGAGCUUUUUUCCCCCUUGUUUCCUUCUUGUCUGUGGCAGAAACACUAAGCAACAGUAUCCUGCGUUUCCCUGUUCAUGAAGGCCCAGCAGCAGUUAAGUUUCCUCCCUCUCUUCUACCCCUGCACUCCUCUCAAGCCUUAAAGAUUUUAAAACAAGGGCUGGGCCUGUCUGUACCUGAAAAUGAAAUUACAACAGUGUGUAACAGAUUUUAGGGUUGGAUCACCCUGUUUAAAUAUAUAUACAAUGCUACUGCUUUCUUUGAGGGGCAGGGAGUGUUUUAAUUAAACACUAAAGAGCAGUGAGUAAUACCCUGAAAUUAUUUGAAUUUGCCAGUUGGAAAGCAGUGUCCAACUACAUUCACCCACACAAUGGCUACCAGUGGAUGGGGCCUAAUGCGACUAUGCAGCAGUUUGACUUGGCAUUGAUCCCGACUGGCAAACCACAGUAUUGUCAAACCCAAGACUUCAACAAUCAGAAGAUAAACCCAUAAAACUUACUCCCAAUCUGAAACACACAAACACACACACAACCAUUCCCUAUGCAUGCAGCCCUGCGCCCUUCUUUAAUAAUAUAACAAUCUGACACAAGUAGUGAACAUCUAGGAAAUUAAAUGGAAGUUGGGAUGGCAAUUUCAUACACAAUUAAAAAAAUCUUUGGAAAAAAAAGUCUGAAAAAUUACUUAAUGUAGCAAAUACAUUUAUUAGUACUUUACUUCCUGUUUUUCCUAAUGCUGUUAAAUAUCUAGAUUGCACUGACAGGUUUCGAGAUUAUAUAUAUAUAAAUGACGAAGACAAGGUCCCUGCCCAAAGUAACAUAAUCAAGUAAUUGUGAAGUGAUAAUUUCAUAACACAUUUUUAAAAUCAGAACAAGUAUAAAAUAUAUUUCCUGGAUUUUAGCAUGCACAGUGAAAUUGGCACGUUUCCAGUCAACAGAACACAUACACCUUUUCUUGACUUUUUCACCAGCCUUACAGAGUGGGAAGGACAAAUAAAUUUACAGGUACUGCUCAUUGUCUGAGAUGGUAGUAAUAAAACUGGAGUAACUUCGAUCUGUUCUCUCCUUUAUCCACGUUAACUUUGGUUAAUGUUAAUGGAAAUUCUCGCCCUGAUUUUGCAAAGACUUACACUAGUGUUUACUUUACACUGAGUUUACACACAUUGACUUCAGUGAGAAUACACAUGCAAAAGCCUUUGCAGGAAGGGGGCCCAUGCUUGUAUAUUUAAUCAAAUACAGAAUGAUUCUUCAUACUAAACUGUAUGUACCUGUAAAUGGAAGAGUAGGUGCGGGAGUUGGUUUCUAUAUUAAAGAAUACCGAUGCAUUAUUUGUUUUUUUGUAAAAUGUUUCUAAAUGGAUGAUUUUUUUUUUUAAAUAAAGCCUUAGACAAGGCCAUCAUUAGCACCAGUGGGGCUAAAAUGAUGACAGAGCAACAGUUAGAGAAAAUCAUCAGUGCAGAGAAGGCACUAAAUUGUGAGGAUAAUAUUCUUUCCCACAUCAGCAGUUACUUACCAAGGUAGCUGGAAUUUGAAAAGGGCACUGGUUUGGCUCAGGGAGGAAUGAAGGAGAUCAUUCUUCUGGAGAACCAUCAGUUUUUGACUGGGGUAGAGGGAAAGCAAGCAUUAAUACUGGAAAAUGGUAACAGCGGUAUAAGGAUGGCGGGUUAAAUGAAUUCUAAAAAAACAAAAAUAAACCAAAAGGUGAGCUAAGAAGCAUAACACACCAUUUUUGUCUUUAUGUAUAAAGGAAACAAAAUCACCCACAAUUACAACUAUUUGGAUUUAUAUUAGCAGUCUAUUCAACAGUUCUGUAAAGAAUUGUUGCCAAAGCUGACAGCAUCUAUUAAAAUGCUAAAUCACAUCAUAGGUUUAGUAUCCAUAUGAAUGAGCUAUGCAUCUGAUAUAUUUGUACUAUCUGCAGAUAAAAAUAUAAUGUACAUGAAUGUAAUUGAACUAAGGAUAAAAUGAUAUAACCAUGCACUGUUUAAGAUUAAUUAAAAUAGUUAA